CUGAGGAACUCUCCUGUGGCGCCGCUGAAAAUAUGUCAUAAAAAACGACGCAGGCUGUUUUAUUUGUUUGGUAAAAAACUAUGUUAGCAUCGUUAAAAGACUAGUGGGAACGAUUUUACAGUAAAAAACUAUAAAGCUGGAGUGGGACUUUAAAGUCGUUUCACAAUAUCUGACAAGUGAAGGUGGGCGUGACUUCUGCAAUCCAAAGCUAUUUAUCAGCAGUAGUUUCUGACCAAACUCAGUCAGUCCGUCAUGGGUCUUCCUGGGAUUCAGACCUUGACAUGGACACUUUGUGUCCUCCUGUGCAAACUAUCUCUGGGUCACGCUCAAGAAGAAAUACAGUAUAUCGUGGCUAUUCCUGGAGUUAUUGAAUCUGGAACUCAAGCCAAGUUCUGUGCGAGUCUCCUGAAGCUCAAUCAAGCUGUGGACAUGACUGUUGUCUUGAAGUAUGGAGACAAAAACAUGACUCUGUUUGAGAAGGCUUCAGACAAGAAAUUUCAUGAAUGUGCUGAGUUUCAGGCACCCACAGUGCAGAAUGAAGAGGUGCAUUUGCUGGAAGUAUCGGUGCAAAGUAAUACAUUUCACUCCAAAAAAUCCCAGAAGAUUAUGAUCAAAGCCUUUCAGCCGAAACCGUUUGUCCAAACAGAUAAACCAAUUUAUCUUCCCGGACAGACAGUAAAUUUCAGAGUUUUUGCAUUGGACGGUAAAUUAAGACCUGCAAGUCUGCUGUUUGACGUCAUUGAACUGCAGGAUCCUCUUGGAAACAGAAUUGGACAAUGGCUCAAUGAGACGUCGGAUGGUAAAAUAUUAGAGCUGUCGUACUCCCUCAGCUCUGAGGCACGUGAAGGAAUCCAUCAAAUCAUUCUGUCAGUGGGUAAAGAUAAGGUGUAUCACAACUUCAAGGUGGAGAAGUAUGUUUUGCCUAAAUUUGAGGUCACAUUAAAUGCAAAAGAUGAAGUAAGUGUCGGGCAGGAAGAGGUUGAUGUAGAAGUUUGUGCAAAGUACACAUUCGGACAGCCUGUGCCAGGAACCGUUAAGGUUAAGAUGUGCCGACCUAUUAUGCGCUUUUAUUAUGGUAUGACAUCAAACAAGGACGAUUCUCCUGAGAUACCUGAACUAUGCGACACACAGACGAAGCAGACAGAUAAAAGCGGCUGCGCCACCCUGGAAUUCAGUAUGUCGACUUUCACUAGAAUUGACUCAAAGGCUUGGCGAGAUGACCUGGAUGUGAAGGCCUCUGUAGAAGAGGAGGGGACAGAGAUUUCACUGGAACGGGCAAAGACAAUCCAGCUCUCUUAUGUUAUUGGGAAGCUAUCUUUCAUUGACACUCCCAAGAUUUACAACCAAAAUUCAACUCUGGAAGGAAAGGUCAAAGCUGUUCACUACAACAACACUCCCAUAGUUGGAAUGCAGUUACAUGUGUUUUCUGGCUGGAUGUGGUCGCCUAAAGAAGAGAUCAGAGUUACGACUGAUUCCAAUGGUACCGCCCCUUUCUCAAUUAGUACAAGUACAUUUGCUGGUGACGUCAACCUCCACGUAAGCGACAAAGCAACGCUGGAACACCCUCAAUAUCGACAAGUUUUUAAUCAGUUAGGUUUUCACACCAUUACCAUGGCCAGGCCUCCUUCUCCUGAUGCUGCAACAGCCAGCUCUCUGGAGAUCAAGAGGGAGGGGUCCCUUUCUUGCAACAAGGAUGAGGAGAUCGUUAUAAAGUACACCUUUGUGAGAGAGGCUCAGGGCUCAGUGGAUGUCAUGUAUCUGGUCUUAUCCAAACAAGUCAUUUACAUGCAAGGGCAUAAAACAAUCCAGGUGCACGACGUGCCAGUGAAUCAGGGAGAAGUGUCGUUCACAUUCAACGUAUCUCCUGACAUGGCGCCAAAUGUCCAGAUUGUUGCGUACGCCGUUCUCCCCAGCCAGGAAUUCAUUGCGCACCACGUUUUUCUGUCCACUGGGGACUGCUUCAAGAAUGAGGUGUCUGUAGAGUUUUCCCCCUCUUCAGCUGUCCCAGGAGAGGAGGCUGAAAUGCAGUUGUCUGCCCACCCAAACUCACUGUGUGGUGUCAGCGCUAUAGAUCAGAGCGUGCUCAUUAAGGAGCCAGAAGGUACCCUGGAUGCAGACAAGAUUUAUGAGCUUCUGCCUUUAAAAAGGACGUAUAUCCCUUAUGAAAUUCAAGAAAUGCCAGAGUGUUUGCUUGUGAGACCAAAGAGAUACCUUUUGCCAGCAGUACAUGGACCUCAUAUGUUUGGACAGAAUGAUGCCUAUGCAGUGUUCCAGAACACAGGACUGAAGAUUGCAACAAACUUGAUUUUACAAGUACCCAAAUGCCUCAAAUUCAAGGGGAGGGAGUACCAUAUGGGAAUGGAUGGAGGUUUCUAUAGAGAUCGCCUAAAUGGGCCCCUUAUUCCUCAAAUGAGCAUGAGAUUAGGUUCACCAGGUCCAGCUGGAGCUGUUCCUGAAGCACAGACCGGAAGUGCUGCUAUUGCUUACGACUCUGCGCCAAGUCCUGAACCAGUAGAAACAGUCCGCACAUUUUUCCCUGAAACAUGGAUUUGGGAUUUGGUGGAAGUAGGGGACUCUGGAAAAAAGACAGUGACCCACACUGUUCCUGACACCAUCACCACAUGGGAGACGGAAACCUUCUGCUUGUCCUCUCAAGGUUUUGGUCUGGCUCCUCGACAGAAGUUCACCGUUUUCCAGCCCUUUUUCCUUGAGCUGACGCUGCCCUACUCCAUCAUCAGGGGGGAGAACUUUGAGUUGAAGGCAACAGUCUUCAACUACCUGAGCAGCUGCAUCAUGGUGAAGGUGACUCCGACCCCCUCGUCAGACUACACCCUCACUGCCCUCUCUGGGGACCUGUACACAUCCUGCCUGUGUGGGAAUGAGCGCAAAACCCUUCGCUGGAACUUGGCUUCUGUAGCACUAGGGGUUAUGAAUGUGUCGGUCAGUGCCGAGGCUGUACCUUCCCAUGCUUCAUGUAACAACGAGAUCGUGAAGGUCCCAGAGAGAGGCCGCAUCGACAAAGUCACCAGAUCUCUUAUAGUCAAGGCUGAAGGAGUUGAGGUAACAAAGGCUUACAACUGGCUGUUGUGUCCAAACGGAAACGCUUUGACAGAGACGAAAGAGAUCCAACUUCCUGACAAUGUGAUUGAGGGAUCUGCCCGUGGGACCGUAUCAGUUCUUGGCGACAUCCUGGGCCGUGCGUUGAAGAACCUGGAUGGACUACUGCAGAUGCCGUAUGGUUGUGGAGAACAGAACAUGGCUCUGCUAGCUCCUGACAUCUACAUCCUUCAUUACCUGAAAAGCACCAACCAGUUGACCCCAGAGAUCACCGAAAAGGUGUCUCGGUUUUUGAAAAGCGGCUACCAGAGACAGCUGAACUACAAAGACAGUGAAGGGGCUUACACCACAUUUGGAUCAGGACCAGGCAACACAUGGCUGACUGCGUUUGUACUGAGAUCUUUUUACAAAGCUCAGUCUUUCAUCUUCAUCGAUGAAGAUAAGAUUCAAGAAUCCAGGAGUUGGCUUGAAAGAAAACAAACUGAGAAUGGCUGUUUUGCACAAUCAGGAAAACUCUUCAACAACAGAAUGAAGGGUGGAGUGUCAGAUGAGGUUACUCUAAGUGCUUAUAUCACUGCUGCCUUUUUAGAGAUGAAAAUUUCCCCAAAUGACCCCGUUUUGAAUAAAAGCCUGUUGUGCCUCAAGAACUCCUUGACCGACCUCAGCAACACCUACACCACAGCUCUUCUGGCUUAUGUCUUCACGCUGGCAGAAGACAUGGAGACCCGUGAUCAUCUUCUGAAGCAGCUUGACAACUCUGCAAUAAGAGAAGGGGGGUUCCUGCACUGGUCACAGACAGAAACAGGGAUGUUUGAUUCUCUCUCGGUGGAGAUCACCUCAUACGUGCUGAUGGCCAAACUUGGUGCAUCUCCUACCUCUGAAGACCUGGGCUACGCCUCCAGCAUUGUCAGGUGGCUGUCAGGACAGCAAAACUAUUACGGAGGAUUCUCUUCCACUCAGGACACAGUGGUGGCCCUUCAGGCUCUGGCCCUGUACUCCAGCCUGGUGUUCACUCCAGGCGGUUCAAGCACGGUCACCCUUCAGUCUCCCGGCGGCCAACUUAUGCUCCACGUAAAUCCAGACAACAAGCUUGUGUACCAGGAGAGCGUGCUGCAGAAAAUAACAGGAAGCUAUAACCUUGAAGUGAAAGGAUCUGCGUGUGCUGCAGUGCAGAUUUCUCUCUUCUACAACAUCCCCACCCCCAAAGAGACAAACACCCUGAGCGUGAAGGUUCUAGCAGAACCGGACUUAUCGUCUAAGAGACCCAAAGUCACUCUGAAGCUCACGUCCCUUUACACUGGGAAAGAGACAAACACAAACAUGGUGAUCAUAGAUAUCGCAAUAUUGUCUGGAUUUACACCAAAUGUGAAGUCUUUGGAGACGCUUAAAACAGCUCUGCUUGUGGAUCGUGUGGAGCAUAAAGACGGCCAUGUUUUGGUUUACCUUACAGAGAUGCAGAAGGACGUUCCCAUCAACCACAGUCUGGUUCUGGAACAGCAGCACGUCGUGCAGAACCUCAAGCCUGCUGUGGUCACACUCUAUGACUAUUACCAGCCAAGUGAGCGAGCUGAGGCCGAAUAUACUUUCCAAAACUGAGGACUCACUGCUGCACUACCGCUGAGCCUCCAGCAGGAGACGUUGAGGAUCACUUUUGUAAAAAAAAAAAAGUUUUUAAAAGUUCAGUAAAGAGAUAGUCAUGAAUGAAGUUAAUGCUUUCAUUUCUAUGAUCCACUUAGUGUGAACGAGUUGAAAAGAAAAGUGUAAAAUGUUUUGAAAGUAUGUUUAUGGCCAAAAAAAGGACCAAAUAAAACAUGUGUUGGUCAUCUGA